GAUUGCUGGUUAAUCUCUCUCUCAUUCCUGUUAUGGGUGGGCUGGCUCUGUGUACAGCUACUGAAAUCAGUUUCAACAUUCUAGGUUUCUCGGCAGCUUUAUCUACUAAUAUCAUGGACUGUUUGCAAAAUGUCUUUUCCAAAAAACUACUCAGUGGAGAUAAAUACAGAUUUUCAGCCCCAGAGCUUCAGUUCUACACAAGUGCUGCUGCAGUGGUUAUGCUUAUUCCAGCUUGGAUAUUUUUCAUGGAUGUACCUGUGAUUGGGAAAAGUGGGAGGAGCUUCAGCUACAACCAAGAUAUUGUCAUACUUCUUUUAAUAGAUGGAGUCUUGUUUCACCUACAAAGUGUUACAGCCUAUGCCUUGAUGGGAAAAAUUUCUCCUGUGACUUUCAGUGUUGCUAGUACCGUGAAGCAUGCGCUGUCAAUCUGGCUCAGUAUUAUUGUGUUUGGUAACAAAAUCACAAGCCUCUCGGCCAUUGGGACCGUUCUAGUGACAAUUGGAGUUCUUCUAUAUAACAAGGCAAAGCAGCAUCAGCAAGAGACUAUACACAGCCUGGCAGCUGCAGCCCUGCAACCCGCACAAAGUGCAACGGAAGAUGCUGAGCCACUCAUUCCCAAGGAUGUGGAACCGUAUGAUUAA